AUGUUUUGGCGCCAACCGUUCACUCUGACCAACCUGAAUGUCAUUGUCGACCCAGCAAUCUAUCUGUCAUCAUUCGCCUCGCGCAUUCCAUCGAAACAGACGACCGGUCGAACCCGACGAUCGGUUGAUCAUCCAGAUGAAAGGAAAAAGGAAGAAAAUGGAGGUCGAAUGGUCUGGUCUGAUCGAGGAGGAGGCAAGGGUGUCAUUGAGGAAGAAUAA